AGAGGAGGAGGGAACGGUAUGGCUCUCCUACGAAGCAGCGGCUGCAGCGGCGGUUCUCUCUGUCUCUUGGUUCUGGCAGUGGCAUGCCUACUGCAGCGUGCCCAGGUGAAAAAGCCAGUCCGAUGCCCUGCCACAUGCAGCUGCACCAAAGAAUCCAUCAUUUGUGUGGGAUCCCCUGGUGUGCCGCGAAUCAUCCCCAGCGACAUCAGCUCCUUGAGCCUGGUAAAUGGAACCUUUUCUGAAAUCAAGGACAGAAUGUUUGCCCAUCUGCCUUGCCUGCAACUGCUCUUGCUGAACUCUAACUCAUUUACUAUCGUACGAGAUGAUGCCUUUGCUGGUCUCUUCCAUCUAGAGUACCUAUUUAUUGAAGGAAACAAAAUAGAAACCAUUUCAAGAAAUGCGUUCCGUGGCCUUCGCGAUCUGACUCACCUUUCUUUGGCUAACAACAACAUUAAAGCUCUGCCAAGGGAUAUCUUCAGUGAUUUAGAUUCUCUGAUUGAAUUAGAUUUAAGGGGAAAUAAAUUUGAGUGUGACUGCAAAGCCAAGUGGUUGUUUUUGUGGUUAAAGAUGACAAAUUCCACUGUUUCUGAUGUCCUGUGUAUUGGUCCAGCAGAAUACCAGGAUAAGAAGUUAAAUGAUGUCACAAGUUUUGAUUAUGAAUGCACCACUACAGAUUUUGUUGUUCAUCAGAUUUUGCCAUACCAGUCAGUUUCAGUGGAUACAUUCAACUCUAAGAAUGAUGUGUACGUAGCCAUUGCACAGCCUAGCAUGGAAAACUGCAUGGUACUGGAAUGGGAUCACAUUGAAAUGAAUUUCAGAAGUUAUGACAACAUCACAGGUCAGUCCAUUGUGGGAUGCAAAGCAAUCCUGAUCGAUGACCAGGUCUUUGUGGUGGUGGCACAGCUCUUCGGUGGCUCACACAUCUACAAGUAUGAUGAAAGCUGGACAAAGUUUGUCAAAUUCCAGGACAUAGAAGUGUCUCGCAUUUCCAAGCCAAAUGAUAUAGAGCUGUUUCAGAUAGACAGCGAAAAGUUUUUUGUCAUAGCAGAUAGCUCUAAAGCUGGUCUGUCAACCGUUUAUAAAUGGAAUAACAAAGGAUUCUACUCUUACCAGUCCCUGCAUGAGUGGUUCAGGGACACAGAUGCUGAGUUUGUUGAUAUAGAUGGAAAAUCUCAUUUAAUCCUGUCAAGCCGCUCACAAGUUCCCAUUAUACUUCAGUGGAACAAAAAUUCAAAAAAGUUUGUCCCACACAGUGAAAUCCCCAACAUGGAGGAUGUCUUGGCUGUGAAGAGCUUCAGGAUGCAAAACAGCCUCUACAUUACGCUCACAAGGUUUAUUGGUGACUCCAGAGUCAUGAAGUGGAAUAGCAAGCAGUUUGUGGAGAUACAGGCUCUCCCAUCUCGAGGGGCAAUGACACUGCAGCCUUUCUCCUUUAAGAAUAAUCACUACCUAGCUCUAGGAAGUGACUACACCUUCUCCCAGAUAUACCAGUGGGAUAACGAGAAUAACCUCUUUAGAAUAUUUAAAGAAAUCUACGUGCAGGCACCUCGCUCUUUCACAGCUGUGUCAACUGAUCGAAGAGAUUUUUUCUUUGCUUCCAGUUUUAAAGGAAACACGCAGAUAUUUGAACAUAUAAUUGUUGACUUGAGUUUAUGAAGGCUGUUGGAGUGAAUCUCAUGUCCAAUGAGACAUUUUCACUUAUCAGAAACAACAAAAAAAAGACAGAUUAUUCAUCUCCAAAAAUAGGGCACACGUGGAACUAGUAAGAAGUUUUCUGAACUUUUAGAAUUUGCAUAUUAACCAGGGAUUGCAAUGACUUGGUUAACUGCAUGACAUGUCCAUUAUACCAUUUUUAAAGACAUUUUAAAACCUUUAAUUAUUCAGAGGAGUGUGCAAUGCAAUAGGAUUUAUUCUGAUAUCUAAGACAGCUAUGUGAAUUUUACCUAAGAAAUUGAAUUAGAUUGGACACCUCGUAGAAACAAGAG